ACUUCCUGUAUGGAGGCAUGGCCAGUUUCCAGCCCCGCGCUCUCGGUUCCUCCCCAGCCUGCGCCGGAGCCACAACUUUCAGGAGCAUGGACUGAAGGCGCCCUCGCCCCGGCGCCCCUCUGAGAUCCUUUGUGUUUCCCUGCGCUCCACUGGCCGUUUCUGUUUUGGGGGGCUCUGCGCUCCGCCCCGCCGCUUCCCUCCCUUUCCCGGCUCGCAGACAUGCCUCCUUCCUUGCCGGGGCCCUGGAAGGAGCUGCCCGCCUGAAGCCCGGAGCCGCCGCGCCGCGCACAGCCCCGCCGUCGUCCGCUGGUUCUCGGGCUGCUCUGCGCUGCCGACUCAACUUGGGGCUCUUCCGCUGCUAGCCACCGCCACCCGCGGUCCCUGCCUGCUCCGGGCCCCGGGCUCUGCCGCCGUGCGUCUUCUCCUCGCCCUGCCUAUCGGCUGGAUCGUGUCUGAGCGGAAAGCAGCCCUUUUCCUCCGAGAGGAUCGUCCCUAGCUUGGCUUUGCAUUCCCGGUCACUUUUUGAGGUUUUCUCGGGAGCGCUUGGCAGCUUCCCGGAUUCCUGCGGGACCGGUCGCCGAGUGUGGGGGUCCCCGUGUGGCGGGCGAGCCGUGAAAGCCUCCAGGCUUAGCGGAGCCUCGCUCGGAAGCAAGAACUUAUUCAACAAGUUUACCCCCCCUGCCUUUCUCUUUUCGAUGUGCGUUUUCGGACAUGCGGAGGUUACUGGAACCGUGUUGGUGGAUUUUGUUCCUGAAAAUCACCAGUUCUGUGCUCCAUUAUGUGGUGUGCUUCCCGGCAUUGACUGAAGGCUAUGUGGGGACCCUGCAGGAGAGCAGACAGGACAACUCAGUGCAGAUCCGCAGAAGAAAGGCAUCCGGAGACCCAUACUGGGCAUACUCUGGUGCCUAUGGUCCUGAGCACUGGGUCACAUCUAGUGUCAGCUGCGGGGGCAGCCAUCAGUCUCCUAUAGACAUUUUAGAUCACCAUGCUCGUGUUGGCGAUGAAUACCAGGAGCUUCAACUUGAUGGGUUUGACAACGAGUCCUCUAACAAAACCUGGAUGAAAAAUACAGGGAAAACAGUUGCCAUCCUGCUGAAAGACGAUUAUUUUGUGAGUGGUGCCGGACUGCCUGGCAGAUUCAAAGCUGAGAAGGUGGAAUUUCACUGGGGCCACAGCAAUGGCUCCGCUGGCUCAGAGCAUAGCGUCAAUGGCCGGAGGUUUCCUGUGGAGAUGCAGAUUUUCUUUUACAACCCAGACGACUUUGACAGCUUUCAAACGGCAAUUUCUGAGAACAGAAUAAUUGGAGCUAUGGCCAUAUUUUUUCAAGUCAGUCCGAGGGACAAUUCUGCACUGGAUCCUAUUAUCCACGGGCUGAAGGGCGUUGUACAUCACGAGAAGGAGACCUUCCUGGAUCCUUUCAUUCUCCGAGACCUCCUGCCCGCAUCCCUCGGUAGUUACUACAGGUACACAGGCUCGUUGACGACACCGCCCUGUAGUGAAAUCGUGGAGUGGAUUGUCUUCCGGAGGCCUGUCCCCAUCUCCUAUCACCAGCUUGAGGCUUUUUAUUCGAUCUUCACCACGGAGCAGCAAGACCAUGUCAAGUCAGUGGAGUACCUGAGAAAUAACUUCCGACCACAACAGGCUCUGAAUGACAGAGUGGUGUCAAAGUCUGCUGUGCGGGACGCCUGGAACCAUGACCUGGCAGACUUCUUGGACAACCCUCUAGGAACAGAAGCCUCUAAAGUUUGCAGCUCUCCACCCAUCCACAUGAAGGUGCAGCCUCUGAACCAGACAGCUCUGCAGGUGUCCUGGAGCCAACCGGAAACCAUCUACCACCCACCCAUCAUGAAUUACAUGAUCUCCUAUAGCUGGACCAAGAAUGAGGACGAGAAGGAGAAGACGUUUACAAAAGACAGCGACAAGGACUUGAAAGCCACCAUCAGCCAUGUCUCACCUGAUAGCCUUUACCUAUUCCGCGUACAGGCCGUGUGUAGGAAUGACAUGCGGAGUGACUUCAGCCAGACCAUGCUCUUUCAAGCUAACACUACCCGGAUCUUCCAAGGGACCAGGAUUGUGAAAACAGGAGUGCCGACAGCCUCUCCUGCCUCUUCAGCAGACAUGGCCCCCAUCAGCUCUGGCUCUUCCACUUGGACAUCCUCCGGCAUCCCCUUCUCAUUUGUUUCCAUGGCCACGGGGAUGGGCCCUUCCUCCAGUGGCAGCCAAGCUACAGUGGCCUCUGUGGUCACCAGCACACUGUUGGCAGGCCUGGGCUUCGGUGGUGGUGGCAUCUCCUCCUUCCCCAGUACCGUGUGGCCCACGCGCCUCCCCACCGCCUCCGCGGCCAGCAAGCAGGCAGGGAGGCCAGUCCUUGCCACCGAGGCCUUAGCUUCCCCUGGGCCGGAGGGCGACUCGGCACCGACGAAGGACAGCGAGGGUACAGAGGAGGGAGAGAAGGAGGAGAAAAGCGAGAGUGAGGAUGGUGAGCGCGAGCACGAGGAGGAGGAGAAGGACUCUGAGAAGAAGGAGAAGAGCGAGGCUACUCACACUGCCCCGGAGAGUGACCGGACUGCACCUGCCCCCACCCCCUCUUCCCCUCACAGGACUUCAGAGGAGGGAGGACACCAGACUAUACCUGGGCGCAGGCAGGACCACCCUGCCCCUGCCACAGACCAGCCGGGCCAUGUUGCCCCAGGCUUGGAUCCCCUUGUGGACACAGCCACCCAAGUGCCCCCAACAGCCACAGAGGAACAUUAUUCAGGGAGUGAUCCCAGGAGGCCCGAAAUGCCAUCUAAAAAGCCUAUGUCCCGAGGGGACCGAUUUUCUGAGGAUAGCAGAUUCAUCACUGUUAACCCAGCUGAGAAGAACACCUCUGGCAUGAUAAGCCGCCCCUCCCCCGGGAGGAUGGAGUGGAUCAUCCCCCUGAUUGUGGUCUCAGCCUUGACCUUCGUGUGCCUCGUCCUCCUCAUUGCCGUGCUGGUGUACUGGAGAGGGUGUAACAAAAUAAAGUCCAAGGGCUUUCCCCGACGUUCCCGUGAAGUGCCUUCUUCUGGGGAGAGAGGAGAGAAGGGGAGCAGAAAAUGUUUUCAGACUGCUCAUUUCUAUGUGGAAGACAGCAGUUCACCUCGGGUGGUCCCCAACGAAAGUGUUCCUAUUAUUCCCAUCCCGGAUGACAUGGAAGCCAUUCCUGUCAAACAGUUUGGUAAACACAUCGGUGAGCUCUAUUCCAAUAGCCAGCAUGGGUUCUCGGAAGAUUUUGAGGAAGUCCAGCGCUGUACAGCUGAUAUGAACAUCACUGCAGAGCAUUCCAAUCAUCCGGAUAACAAGCACAAAAACAGAUACAUCAACAUUUUAGCAUAUGAUCACAGUAGGGUGAAGUUACGACCUUUACCAGGAAAGGACUCUAAGCACAGUGACUACAUUAACGCAAACUAUGUGGAUGGUUACAACAAAGCAAAAGCCUACAUUGCCACCCAGGGACCUUUAAAGUCCACCUUUGAAGACUUCUGGAGGAUGAUUUGGGAACAAAACACGGGAAUCAUCAUCAUGAUCACGAACCUUGUGGAGAAGGGAAGGAGAAAGUGUGAUCAGUAUUGGCCAACGGAGAACUCUGAGGAGUACGGGAACAUUAUUGUCACACUGAAGAGCACAAAAGUACAUGCCUGCUACACCGUCCGUCGCCUUUCAGUUAGAAAUACAAAAGUGAAAAAGGGCCAGAAGGGAAACCCCAAAGGUCGUCAGAAUGAGAGGACGGUGAUCCAGUAUCACUACACACAGUGGCCUGACAUGGGUGUCCCUGAGUAUGCCCUCCCAGUCCUGACCUUUGUGAGGAGGUCAUCUGCAGCCCGGAUGCCAGACAUGGGUCCCGUGUUGGUGCACUGCAGCGCGGGUGUGGGCAGGACAGGCACCUACAUUGUCAUAGACAGCAUGCUGCAACAGAUCAAAGACAAAAGCACAGUCAACGUCCUGGGGUUCCUGAAGCACAUCAGGACACAGCGCAACUACCUCGUCCAGACUGAGGAGCAGUACAUUUUCAUCCAUGAUGCCUUGUUGGAAGCCAUUCUCGGGAAGGAAACUGAAGUAUCUUCAAGUCAGCUGCAUAGCUAUGUUAACAGCAUCCUCAUUCCGGGAGUAGGAGGAAAGACGCGGCUGGAAAAGCAGUUUAAGCUGAUCACACAGUGUAAUGCAAAGUAUGUGGAGUGCUUCAGUGCCCAGAAGGAGUGCAACAAAGAGAAGAACAGGAACUCUUCUGUUGUGCCAGCUGAGCGUGCUCGAGUGGGACUUGCACCGUUGCCCGGGAUGAAAGGAACAGAUUACAUUAAUGCUUCUUACAUCAUGGGGUAUUACAGAAGCAACGAGUUCAUCAUAACCCAGCAUCCUCUGCCACACACUACGAAAGAUUUCUGGAGAAUGAUUUGGGAUCAUAAUGCACAGAUCAUUGUCAUGCUGCCAGACAACCAGAGCCUGGCAGAAGAUGAGUUUGUGUACUGGCCGAGCCGUGAGGAAUCCAUGAACUGUGAGGCCUUUACUGUCACCCUCAUCAGCAAAGACAGGCUGUGCCUCUCGAAUGAAGAACAAAUUAUCAUCCAUGACUUCAUCCUUGAAGCUACACAGGAUGACUACGUACUAGAGGUUCGGCACUUUCAGUGUCCCAAAUGGCCUAACCCAGAUGCCCCUAUAAGCAGUACCUUCGAACUGAUCAACGUUAUCAAGGAAGAGGCCUUAACACGGGAUGGCCCCACCAUUGUUCAUGAUGAGUAUGGAGCAGUUUCUGCAGGAAUGCUGUGUGCCCUGACCACCUUGUCCCAGCAGCUAGAGAAUGAGAAUGCUGUGGAUGUCUUCCAGGUGGCAAAAAUGAUCAAUCUAAUGAGACCUGGAGUAUUCACAGACAUUGAACAAUACCAGUUUGUCUACAAAGCAAUGCUCAGCUUGAUCAGUACUAAAGAAAAUGGAAAUGGUCCCAUGACUGGGGACAAAAACGGUGCUGUGCUAACUGCAGAGGAAUCAGACCCUGCAGAGAGCAUGGAGUCUCUGGUGUGACUAGACCCCUGGAAGGGCACUUCAUUUGUAAACUUCUGAGACUUGUAAAGACAGAAAUUUUUUGAGGCCUUUUUUGCCAGACUCUAGGUUAUACAAUAACCCAGUUACUUUUUUACACUGAUAAAAGUUUUGAUAUUUAUUUUUUGCCAUUUUCUGUCUUGAUGGUAUCCUACUGAGCACUCGCGCCUGGUCUUCAUUUCACACAGUGAAACGCGACUUUACCUAGUUUGCACUAUCUGAUCAGUGUUAACUGCCUAUAAUCUAAUACUACAGAAACCCUGAUGUGACAUUCCAUGACCACAUACAUGCUAUUUUUUAGUUCCGUGCAGUGAAGGUCUUUGUUAUGACAGUGAAUCUCAGUUUUAUUAUUAUUCUAAAGCAACUACAAUUUCUCAGCAGCAGGCAACACUGUACCUUCCUCAGUCCCCUCUUUUUCUAGGCACUGUUCAGUACUCUCUGCCUUCUGGUUGAAUGCAGUGGAUGGGCGUUGUUUCCUUUUGCAGGACAGCAGGUGACUGGGAGCCCUAAAGAUCUGUUGGCAUCAGUUCCAUUUGUAUGGUUGAGGGACCACUAAGAAAUUAAGAGGGUUGCAACUUCAUGUGAACAUCUCUUCUUAGUUACCAAGUUAUAGUCACAGUUGAAAUGUGUCAAAAUAAAGAAUCAUUCUGUAUUACAGAUUUCACAGGAGCCAUGUGGACAGUGUGUGUUAUUUCCAUUUUGACUCUCCGAAGUAGCAAACCCUAAAAUCAGGGCUGUCUUUUACAAUGGGGAGAUGGCCCUAUUUUACACAAUUUACUUAUGACACUCUUUAGUUAAUUCAACUAUAGCUUUUGGUAAAUAGUACCAUAGUAGCUACAAUCACAAAAUAGGUAUUGACAUUUAAAUGUAGUCUUUGAAAAGUCCCUACUAACUAUUCCUAUAGUGAUCUAAUAAACACUACCUAUAGACAGCAUUCUUUUUUUUUUUUUUGCCAAAUGUUUCAUAAUAAAUCUCUUAAUUACAUCCAACUCUACUUAAGAUUGAAUUGGAAAUAUAUUUGGGACUCAAUUUUUAUAGGUCUUACUUUGAGAAAGAAAUAGGAAUCUUAAAGAGAAAAUCCAGUUCUUGAAUGAAAGAUGGCAUCUCCAUUUUAGACUGGGUUUUAAGAGAAGAGAUGCGGAUGCUCACAAACUAAUGUACAUUUAUAAAAGAUGGCAGUAGUCAAUAGGAAGCCCAGAGGCCAGUGUCUGGAACUACUUUCAGCACAUAGUACGUAUGGGCAAACUGGAAGCAUUAUUAAGAAAUUUCAUUUGAGUUUGUUUAAAACAAAACAAAAUCCACUAAGCUAUUAAUCAGAACCUGUAUCUUCCUUUUCCUGUUUCCUUCUGAAAGUCACCUUCUGCCAGAAUUGAAAUCAUCCCCCACGAUUGGUUUCUUCUUUAUGACAGAAAGCUUUCUAGGAGGAGGGCAGCAUCUCAGUGUGAAUGAGGCUUUAUUGUUUGUGUGUUGUUUUCUGGAACUAGUCACAGAAGUGCUGGAGAGACUCACGGGCCAAGCCCAGAGGUUUCAACGCAUGGGCCAGGCCAGUAGAGCCCCAUGAAGAUAAUAUGUGCACAGUGACCUAAGAGAACACACAGAAUUGGGAGGCUGGCUUUCAAAACUGGUGAGCAGCUGAGCUGAAUCCACUAACAUAUCUGUGCUAGAUGGAUUUACCAACCUCUCCGGCCCCACCAGAGGGGUCACCUCUGCACAGUACGAAGGAUCGACCAUAAGAAACAUAACUCUUAAAGGCUGAGGGAAAUAAGGAAGGAAAAGGUUUCAGCUUGUGGUGAGAGCUUCCUAGUCAAUGGAACAGAUUCUCUUUGCUGCACACAGGUCUGAUGUUAGAUAAUGCUUUUCAGUUAGAGGCUCAGUAGAAUUAACAUUUGAAUUGGAGUUCACAGUCUCUCAAUUGUCUCUUAGUAAAAAUAACAUUGUCUGGAAGACAAAUGGCAAGUAUUACUUUCUGUGCUGUUUACACAGGAUUCAAUUCAUGAAAGUGCAUACUCUCUACAGUUCUGGGGCUCUCUCUUACACGAGUGAGAGAAGAAUGGGAGAACGGGAGAAAGAAGUAGAACAGAAGUACAAUCAAGGUGGGGGAGAAACUUCCUGUGGCAGCCUACAUGUCUACAACAGGCCAAAGCCCACAGAUGCCAGCCUACUGGACUAUGUGCCCAUUUUGCCAAAGUGGUCCACACGCCCUUUACUCGGGAUGAUAGUCACCUUCAGCUGUCUUCACGUUCACCACAAUUUGUAUCUUCACUAUUCUUUGCUAUUGGCAAAAAUAUUUUUGCAUCUUUCCAGAGGCAAAGAGUUCCAAAGAUGUUUUCUUUGAGACACAAGCACGUGGCUUAAGUACAUAAUAAGAUUAGUACUAUUUACAGUCGAGGGGAAAGAUAUAACUAUUGGUAAAGCUAAUGUGAAAGUUUAUGAGAUAUGCUGUUUGAAUUUACCUCUAGGGAAAUGAAAUAUACAAACCAAAUGAAGCUGAAUUGUUAUCAUUUGGUCAGGUGGACGUGCUGGAUAUCACAGCUGUAUUAGAGACACCAGAAAAGUUUCUUGUACCUUAAACCAUAAUAUCAUCUUUGAUAGUUCAUACAUAUAUAAAACCUUCUGAGUUUCAAGAAUAAGUACAGUUUAGUUUGGUGGUUUGAGAGCCUGUGUUAAAUAGAAGAGUCCAGCAAAGUAAAACAAAGACAAAAACAAAGUUAUAGUGUUCAAAAGAAGGGUUCCAGAGUGACAGUGAAGCCAGUGAGCAACCGCCAUUGUUCUAUAAUAACAUAGCACAACUGCCUUCUCAUGACCUUUUCAUAAAUGCAUAUAUACUGUUUAAAAUGAAAAUAUAGAUACCACUUUACCAAAGAUACACAUUACUAAUUCUAAGCAAAAAAAAAAAAAAAAGAUAUAAAAAAACCCCAAACUCAUAAUAAUUUUAAAAAGUAAUUAAAAUGUAGUUCUGUUAAAGCUUGUGCAGUUGUGCUGGUGAAUGCCUUCUCAACCCUGGUGUUCUAAGGUUUCUGUUCAAACGGUGCCAGUACAUUUUUAUAUGAAGGGAAUGCCUGCUUUUUUCCUCCAUAGCAGCUGUAAUUCAUGUAGCCCUUUGUACUUUCCCUUAGUCCCCACUUAACACACAGCAUUGGCUUUAUUUAUCUCUAUAAAGAAGGCAUGGUAAAA